AUGCCUCGUAAAGCCUCCCCAGCCUACGUCCUCGGCGUGGGCAUGACCAAGUUCAUCAAGCCUCGCGGCAAGGUCGACUAUAUGGAAGUUGGCUUUGAGGCGGGUGUGAAAGCCAUGCUCGAUGCACACAUCAACUACGAUGAUGUUGACCAAGGGGUCGCCUGUUAUUGCUAUGGCGAUUCUACCUGCGGACAGCGAGUUUUCUAUCAAUUCGGAAUGACCCAGAUCCCCAUCUAUAACGUCAACAACAACUGCUCAACAGGAAGUACGGGUUUGAAUAUGGCGAGGCAGGCGGUCGCAUAUGGCGCUGCCGACUGUGUCCUCGUUGUCGGUUUUGAGAAGAUGUCUCCUGGUAGCCUGCAAAACUACUUCAACGACCGUGACCCGCCCAUGGGCACCACAAUGAAAGUUAUGCAGGCCACCCGAGGUAUCACUAAUGCUCCUUCGGCCGCUCAACUCUUCGGCAAUGCUGGCCGUGAGUAUAUGGAGAAAUAUGGUGCCGCAGCCGAGGAUAUGGCUGAGAUCGCUCGAGUUAACCAUGAGCACAGCAAGCGAAACCCCUACUCGCAGUUUCAGCAGGAGUACACAUUGGAGGAAAUUCUCAAGUCACCCAUGAUUCACGCUCCUCUAACCAAACUACAAUGCUGUCCCACCUCCGACGGCGCAGCGGCCACCGUUGUUGUGUCACAAGAAUUCCUAGACAAGCGACCACACCUAAAGUCUCAGGCCAUUCUUAUCGCAGGCCAACAGCUCGCCACCGAUUCUCCAGAUCUAUUUAACCGCUCCGCCAUCGAUUUAAUCGGUGCUAAGAUGUCGGAGUUUGCAGCCAAGGAGGCUCUGAAGCAGGCAGGCAUCACUGCCAAUGAAGUCAGCGUCGUGGAAGUCCAUGAUUGCUUCAGUGCCAACGAAUUAAUCACAAUUGACGCCAUUGGACUUUCUCCCAAGGGCAAAGCGCACGAACUUGUGCGCGCUGGUGGCAUCACAUAUGGAGGAAAAUAUGUCGUCAACCCCUCAGGUGGGUUGAUUUCCAAGGGUCACCCUCUUGGAGCUACUGGUCUCGCGCAGUGUGCCGAAUUAGUCUGGCAUCUCCGAGGGUGGGCCAACAAUCGUCUGGUCAAAGACACCAAAUAUGCUAUGCAACACAAUCUUGGCCUGGGCGGCGCUGUUGUAGUCACCAUCUACAAACGUGCUGACGGACAGGCCGCAUCCCCAGUAUCGGACGAGCAGGUGGCUAAGAUCACCGGUCUCGGUUACAACCCUGCAACUCAAGCAAAGGGAUUCACAGCCGACCAAGUUAAACAAGCCGUAUCCCAGAAGAACUUCUCAGACUGGGCUCUGCAAGAUGUAGGCACCAAGGUCCAAUCAAGAUUUUAG